CUUCACUUCUCUACUCCUCCCUACACUGACCCCACGGGCUUACUCCUCUCCCUCUCUCCCCCCACAGGACAGCUCGGCGGGGAUGCACGUUGUGGUGAAGGUGGACCCCCAAGGCUUCUACCUCUACUGGAAGAACACCAACAACCCCGACGCCGAGACGGAGGUGCUGGACAUGAUGACGAUUCGAGACACAAGGAGAGACAAAUUCGCCAAGGUCCCCAAGGACCCCAAGAUGACCCUCCGCACCGGGGGCUCGACGGAGAUGGUUGAGCCCAAGUGUCUGACGGUCGUACACGGGAACAACUUCGUGGACGUGUCUUUCGCUAACUUCAUCGCCCAGAAGCCCGAGAUCGCGAAGCUGUGGGCGGAGGAGAUCCUGCGUAUGGCGUACAACCUGGUGGCCAUCAACGCCUCGCCCAUCACCUUCCUCAACAAGGCGUACACGAGGCUCAAGCUGGCAGCGGACCGGCACAACAAGAUCUCCGUCAAGAACAUCAUCAAGCUCUUCGCCCGACACGGAGAUGACAAGAAGAAGGUGGAGACGGCGCUGGAGGCUUCUGGGCUGCCGUCAGGGAAGACCGACACCGUGUCCAUGGAGAAGUUCAGCUGGGAGACGUUUCUGCAGUUUUACCACAUGCUGACCAACAGGGUGGAGGUGGAGCGCGUCUUCUGCCAGCUCACGGGCCAGGAGUACAGCGCCACCCGCAAGACCAAGCUGCAGGGCAUGAACAUGGAGCAGCUGGUCAAGUUUCUGAACGAGGAGCAGCGUGACCCGCGGCUCAACGAGAUCCUCUACCCCUACGCGGACGGCGCCAAGGCCCGGGAGGUGCUGCUCGACUACGAACCACACAAGGACAACAUCGCAAAGAAUGUGCUGAGCUUCGAGGGCUUCCUCAAGUACCUGAUGUCCGACGAGAACACGGUCAUGUCCAUGGAGAAGGCCGACCAGUACGCCGACAUGGACCAGCCGCUCUCACACUACUUCAUCAACUCCUCGCACAACACUUACCUCACAGGCCACCAGUUCACCGGCAAGUCCUCAGUGGAGAUGUACCGUCAGUGUCUCCUGGCCGGCUGCCGCUGCGUGGAGCUGGACUUCUGGAACGGCCGCCUGGAGGAGCCUGUCAUCGUGCACGGCUUCACGCUGGUGCCGGAAAUCAGUGCAAAGGAGGUGAUAGAGAGCAUCGCAGAGUCCGCCUUCAAGACCUCGGAGUGGCCGGUCGUCCUGUCCUUCGAGAACCAUUGCAACCCGAGACAGCAGGCCAAGAUCGCUGGCUACUGCAGGGAGUUCUUCGGCGACAUGCUGCUCGACAGUCCCCUAGAGAAUUAUACUCUGGAGCCGGGGGUGCCUCUGCCAAGUCCGUCGAGCCUCAAGCGCAAAAUCAUCAUCAAGAACAAGAAGAAACAUCGCAUCCACCACCCCCGCGUCAACACACAGUCCAGUCACUCGCAGUUCCACGUCGACCUCAACCAGACCCGGGAACAGCGGCCGCUCGAGAUGCAGGGCAACGGAGAGAUCCCGAGGCCCAUCAUGGAGAAGGAGGGGUCCCGGGAGUCCUCCGAGGAAGAGAACGAGGUAGCCAACGCCUUUCCCCACCUGGCCAGGCUGAUAGGAGAGAUACCAGAUGGGGGCGGCGUGGACAUUGAGAGUUCCAGCUCCGACGAGGAAGAGCAACUCACCAAUGAGGACAUACAGGAACCAGGAUCCACUAUCCCUGUGAGCAUUGAGCAGGGCGGUGACGCAGAGGAGGAGGCAGGCGCAGAAAUAUCGGCCCUAGUCAAUUACGUUCAACCCGUUCACUUCCACUCCUUCGAGGCGGCAGAAAAGCGAAACAGGAGCUACGAAAUGUCCUCCUUCGUCGAAACACAGGCCAGCAACCUCCUCAAAGAGUCGCCGAUGGAAUUUGUCAAUUACAACAAGCGCCAGCUGUCGAGGGUGUACCCGAGGGGCACCAGGGUCGACUCCUCCAACUUCCUCCCCCACCAGUUUUGGAACGCCGGCUGUCAGCUGGUGGCGCUCAACUACCAGAGCUUAGAUCUCGCUAUGCAGUUGAAUCUUGGGAUCUUUGAGUUCAACAACCGGUCGGGGUAUUUACUGAAGCCGGACUUCAUGAGGAGACCCGACAGGAGGUUCGACCCCUUCGCCGAGUCCACGGUGGACGGCAUCAUCGCUGGCACAGUGUCUGUCAAGGUCAUAUCGGGUCAGUUCCUCUCCGACAAGCGCUCCGGCUGUUACGUGGAGGUGGAGAUGUACGGCCUACCAGCAGACACCGUGCGCAAGAAGUUCAAAACCAAGAUAUUCCCGAACAACUGUAUAAACCCACUCUGGGACGAGGAGCCAUUUGUGUUUAAGAAGGUAGUGUUGCCGGAGCUGGCCACGCUGAGGAUAGUGGCGUACGAGGAGGGCGGCCGCGUCAGUUUAGGCAACCGAGUGCUCCCCAUCGUCGGCUUAAGACCAGGCUACAAACACAUCACCCUGCGCAAUGAAGCCGGGCAGCCGCAGGGCCUCUCAACGCUCUUCGUGCACGUUAAGGUUGGAGAUUACGUUCCACACGGCCUCAGCGACUUUGCCGAGGCCUUGGCCAACCCCAUCAAGUACCAGAGUGAGCUGGACAAGAGGGCGAAGCAGCUGGAGGUGUUCGACGAUGAGGAGGAUACAGAGGAGGGCGGGGAUAAGAACCUUCCCGAGGCGCCCAGCAAGCAGCGCGACUCCUUCCGUGCCAGUCAGGGGGCGGGCGGCGACGGCACGCUUGGCCCGGGGGAGGACGGCCAGCGCGGAGCCACACGGACGCGCAGCAACGGGGAGGUGCCAGAGGGCGGCGGCACGCGGGAAAACACUCCACACGGCCCACGUCGCGAGAACUCUAUCACCCCCAAGGCACACUUAAAACUAAGCGAAGACAAGGCUGACCGCGACAAGGAGGGGACACUAACUCUCCUAGAAACCAGCAAGCUUCUCAACGAGCCCGAGAGGUUAGAAAAACUUUGGACCCACAAGAGCGUAAGAGAGAAGAAGCUGGAGCUGGAGAAGAGUCUGGAGAAGCUAAAGAAAAAAUACGAAAAGGACCGGCAAAAUCUUGAACAGCAGCAGCAGAAAAAGCGAUCCCAAGUGCAAAAGACUCAUACCAAGCUUAUGAAAAAAUAUUCCUCCAGUAAACCCAUGGACACGGUGGGGCUGGUGAAGCGCGAGAGCUCUCAGGAACUGGGCAUGGUGCAGGAGGAGCUGGACAGCCGCCUGCAGGAGCUUGAGAAGGUGCACCAGGCGAGUCUCAAUGACCUCCGGCAGACGCUCAUCAUCAACGAGAGGAAGCUGCAGGAGAAACACCACGAGCCUAUAUACAGUGCGCUGGACAAGGCGAUGCGUCUGUCCCAGUCGGCGCAGCUCAAGGCCCUCCAGACCUUGCACGACAAACAGGUGGACGAGAUCAAGCACCGGACGGAGGAGCAGCUCAGGGAGAAGAGGAAAGGCCUGGACAAGAGCACCGGCGACAAGGAGGAGCUUAACAGGAAAAAACGAGAAAUCAGCAAACAGAUCGUGGAGGAGGGCAUCAAGGAGAGACAGCGGCUAACGGACAUCCACGACAAGAAGAAGGUGGAGCUGGAGAAGCAACACGAGGACAUCCGGACACAGUUUGAGGAGGAGAAGUUGAAGGUCAGUGAUGAAUCCGGGGAAAAAAGAUGAUUGUGUUGUUUCUCU